AUGCAGUUCAUCAUCCUUUAAAUAAGAGAAGUUGAAGAGCAGCACGCCCAUGAACGCGCUCUUUGGCCCUCAGGAAGGCAUCGUUAUACACAAGAAAAUACAGGAAGACACUCAAACACAAGGCAAUGGCAGCAGCUAUCGUGACCGGCCUGAUCCCAAUUCUUCGCACUGCCGUGGACACCACCACCACCUACAAGGCCCGCACCCUCUGGUUCGGCUUUGUGGCCGUGCGCCUGGUGGUGUUGUUUGUGACCGAGCUCCCCUGGUUCAAGCUGGACUCCGACUUUGGCUGCAACGAAACGACUCGCGAGAGCCUGUGCACACGUGCAUGCUUCAAUGAACAUUUCAAGCACCCGGGGGUUGUGGCCUGGAACUUCCUCUUCGUUCUCGUCUUGCUCUCCGUGCUGCUCAUGGAGCUCUUCUCUGCCCACCUGCGUGCCUCCGCCCGUAAACGUAGCGCCAAGCAGAAGGGUCCCGAUGGCCAGGCGGCCGAGGUGCAGGAGAUCAUGAUGCUCGACCUCCACGCCAGCAAGGCCACCGUUCUCUUCUACCUGCUGAGCGUGGCGCUACGUAUCGCUGUGGAGGCCUUGUUCGUCUACGUCCUGCUCCAGUGGAACCUGCCCACGAUGACAUCGGAGCCCUUUGAGUGCAACGCUGCCGUCUGCAAGGGGACGCGGUGUGUAGUAAGGGCCGCGCCCGAGAAGGCCAUGUCCAUCUAUGCCCUGGUGUCCAUCUCGGGUCUGGUCAUAGUAGCCAGUUGCCUAUUCUUUCUGUACACUGUUAUGCACUACCUCUGCAACUGUGGUGGAUCUGAGAGAGAUAGUGUUCUGUAAUAGGGUAUACUAUGUAAAGUUUAGUAUUUGGAAAGUUCUGUAUCCAUAUGGGGGUCCAGUAGAAGGAGUUUAGUGAGUCAAAUCAGAGGUUUUGCAGAGUGAGUUUCCAGUUGUAAUGAAGAACUCAGCACUUCUGUUCUAUGUGCUUUAGGCCUCAUCAUAAUUUAGUUAUUAUACUGAUACAUUGUGCUGUUAUUAUUAUCCUGUUAUAUUGUUGCUGUUACCAUAUAUGCAUUGUGUGUGGAAAGUUAACGUUUAGAGAUUAAAGAUGAAACGUUUGUGCUGCAGACUGUUGGUUAGUUGAUUUUCUAAACUGGUUCUUCGCUUUGCGCGCUCUGCGAGUAUAUGGCCUCGCCUCAUGGUGUUUCUGACUCAGGAGAAUCGAUGCCCUCUGGUAAGGGUGUGAAAGAAUGCGCUUGGUGUUACAUGAGGAAGAGCUCGGUGUAACUGCCGGAUUACGUCUCAGCGACCUUGAAAUACCCUCUCGAGUCAGUCCCUCUACCAAAAAAACUUGGCUUUACCCACUUUGAAUGCGCUCGCUGAAAUCA